GAAGAAGGGGAAGUCAGAUGGGGAAGGAAGAAGGGGAAGGCAGACAUAUGAGCCUGAUUGUCAGCUCCACAGACAAGGAGUGAGUGAGGAAGUUCUCUCAAAGGGAGAGUAAAUUACGCAGAAGGACCAGGGAGGGGCAACACCAGCAGUAAUAACCUGCAUUAGAAUGUAUUUGGCUGAUUUAGUGAGCUAACAGUCUAAUGGGGUAGAUUCAGGGGGUGGAGCUUAUUUAGAGCCCCCCCCCCCAGUUAUGAUUUGUUCCCAUGGGCUGAAGCCAAUAUUUAGCAUUGUCAGUGCAUGAGGUUAUAGGAGACUCCAGUAAUCUCUCUGCCUGGGGGUGAGAACAAGAGCAGUUCAGCCCUGCCCACGAACCUAUAAAGCCCGGCUAGGUGCCCGUAUGUGUGUGUGGGGGAAUCAGCUGCGGUGGCCGCUUGCCCAACCCUGUGCUGCUGGGACUCUCGCUGCCCGGGCUGCUGGGGGCACACAAGCCUGGCAUUCUAACAUCCGCAUGUUCCCACGGCUGCCUCCUGUGGAUUAGCCCCAAGGGGGGCAGAAAGCACCAACAGUGGGUAAAUUGUGGAGCACCCAGCCCAGGACUCUCCCCCUUAGGGCUGUAAGUGCGGGACAGAGUGUGGGGCAGGGGUUGCUCAGCAGUCCAUUGGCCGCUGUCCCUGGGCUCUGUUGCUACUGGGUCCAUAGCAACUAUAAAGGAGACCAAAGGGACUGUGUUUCCUGCAUCGUUUGCCCCCGUAGGGAGACAACAGGUAUCUGAGAUAAUAUGGCUCCUACCUGCUGGCACAGUUCAGUCACAAGGGUGCUGGAGGAUGCUGGGCAGAGCCGGGGCCGAGUGUAGGAAGGAGAGAAACCCAUCUGCAACCAACAAGUCAAAAUGUUAAUGCAGUUCCCUCCUUCUGGACUCGUGCAACAUUCCAGGAAGCUGAUGGACCAUGCUCAGCCCUCCCACCACCAAAUUCUGGAGUUUGUACGUAGGAAUGCAGCGAAUUUCUUGUCUCUGGCAAAUCUCCUGAUGGGCCUCACGUCAGUUCUCUGCAGCCUAAAUGGGUGUCGCCAGGCGGCCUGUUGGCUCCUCCUCAUCAGUUUCAUGUUGGACUUGGCGGAUGGGGCAGUUGCCAGGCAACUCAAUGCAUGUUCAGCCUUGGGGGCCAAGCUGGAUGACUUUGCAGAUUUCACAUCAUUCGGAAUAGCGACUGCCCUGCUGCUUCACACUAACUGCCCCGCGGGGGGGAUUCUCUUCAUCGUUUAUGUCCUGGCUGUGUUCAUCCGCCUGUGUUUCUACUCAAGUGGAAUUCCCUUCACUUACUGUGGCUUGCCGUGUCCCUAUGCCUCGGCCACUCUGGCUUGUGCCUCAAUGCUGACUGGCGCCGACCUGGUGGUCCUAAGAGCCAUAGCAAUUAUAAUGAUCUUCUUUAUGGUGGACCAGGGGUUCUACCCUCAUGAUAAGAUCCUGGAGUCCCAACUGUGGAAGAAGGCGGUGUUUGUCGGAGGUGUCUGUGUGAUGUUCCUCUCGUUCUCCCCCUUGGUCUGUCUCUACCACCUCACGUGGUCCCUCUCCUACAUUCUCUUCCCAGAAUCCCUGUGGAACUGCAAAGUCUAAGCUCUCGGAUGGUAGAGAGCAGCUCUCUGCCCCAAACUGCCCCAAGCACAAGUCUCUGCUCAACAACCCCCCCAAACCCACAGAGGAACGCCAUGUUUGUGCUGCUUUGUUCUAGGGUUCUAGGGUGAGGUCUGUGUAGAUGUGUCAAAGUCAUCUUGCCCAAAUGGAGCUUCAUUAGCCUUGGGCUGGGCCUGGAGACCUUGGGGUCCCUCUACCAAGAGUGUGUUCUAUCAGGUGGUACCAUAAAGUAGUACCAAAGUGCCCCUACAGGGUACCACCCAAGUGUUUGUGGUGUGCAGUGCCAUUCUAGGGGUAUCUCAGGCUACCAUAGUGGCUAGUGCCCCACAAGGGCCACCAGAACUCUCGCCCAAUGACUGGACAUGUAGACACCUCGGAGAGACUAACUGCCCCCAGCCACCUUCUCCAUGACGCCAGUUCUUGCCCAACGUGUUGGCGCCACGCUGGCAUUGGGCGGGCCCUUCCCUACCAGGAUUAAGGGCCCAAUGGUAAUGUGUGAAUGAGUUUAUUGUAACCAUUGGCCGGUGGCCCCGUGUGCUGUGUAAAUAAAGAUAAAUCCAUUGUC